GUGACUUUGGACCUCUUUGGCCGCCUUCGUGCGCGCGUGGCCAGCCCCUUGACACUUGACAUUUUCAUCAUCAAACCUCCUUCAACUUCUCUUUCCCCUUCUACGGCCUAGUCAUCGCCGUCCAUCGAGAACGCGUCUGCGAUUUUCGCAUCACUGUUCGACUUUUUCUCCGACUCAAAAUAUUCGUAUUUAACCCACACGCUAUCCGUCGUGGCCAUCGUUGAAUAGGCGCCGCUUGCCAAGUGACUUGAUCCAAAACGUCCUUGACAAUCACGUCUAGUCUUGCAGACAAUAGAUCCUAGAGCUGCUUCAAGUCCCGUAUUGUCCGUUUUGAUAUAGUACCUGCAACUCGUACUCGCCCAGUUACAGCCCUCAAGCCGCGCAUUCAUCUCAGUGUCAUCCCCGGCGUUCUUGUAGGAACACGUCGUUGUCCCCGAGAUCAGGUCCAAUAGAACAGGCCCUCCCCCAGUUGAGUACAAUCGCUGCGCAUUAAGAGCCAGUGUCACUGCAAGUAGCACGCUCUUCAAAAAGCCUGGUCCAAGCCUCGUGCUGCAACCCAAAUCGUAUUUUAUCGGCCAGCAUCUGCCACCCAACACUUCAAAUUUACCAUGGCUGCCGUAGCAGACUUGGAAGCUGGCCUGCAGGCUAUGCUUAAUCUCAAACCACCCGGAGUUUCUGGUUCCCGCAUUACCAGUCUCACAUCGCUCUGUGUAUCCAACAUUCAGGUUCGACUCUUCGCUACCAAAUAGACUGACUGCAUUGACAUGUGCUAACCAAGAUCGACAGUCUGAAUCUGUCUUGAUUCAAAAAAUCUACACUCACUUCAAAAAGACACCAGGCACCCAUAAAUUGGGUGUUCUCUACGUCGUAGACUCUGUAACACGAAAGUGGCUUGAACAAGCCAAGGCUCAGGGUCAGGCUAUAAACGCUUCUGCUCAAGACGGCACGUAUGGAGCCGGUGUCCACCACGUAACAGAGCUUAUGCCUGUAUGGAUGAAUGAUAUUUCACAAACAGCUCCAGAAGAGCAAAAGGAAAAGAUCAAAAAAUUGGUCGAUAUCUGGGAAAAGGGCCAGACAUUCCCCGCCCCCAUGCUAGAGUCCUUCCGACAGAAGCUCGCUCCCGCUGCCGCUACCACAACAACACCACCAGGUAGCCCGCCCGCUGCGGCGAUUCCCAGUCACCCCGGCCAAGCUGCCCCCCCAGCAGCCGCCGAUGGUUCAUCCAUCUUAAGCAUGCUUGCCAAUAUGGCUCGCCAAAGCUCUGCUGGAUCUCACAACACUAGUCAGCCACCCGCCGCUGUGCCAUCGUAUGCAAUGCCCGGCCCAGGUGCUGCUGCCCCCGCCCCGGCGCCACCCGCCCAAGUGCAGUCUUCAUAUCUUCCUAUGGCCCAACCAGUAAAUGCGCAGCCUAUGCCGUUCUCGUUCCCUCAGGGUAUGCCUCAGAACAAUGCUCCCAUGAGAGCCCCUAGUAGCCAUAAUGCUAUGCCAUCCCAAUUCAAUGCCCCGGCUGCCCCUCCUGCAGCUGGCAUAGACAAUAACACCCAGCAACAGAUCUUGCUUAUCAAAGCACUAGCCGAUCAGGGUAUUCCUUUUGACAGAAUUCCUGCUAUUAUUCAAAGCAUGACAAAUGGCGCUGGAGUCGCGGCUCCUGGUAUGCCUCCUGCAGCUGCGGCCCCGUAUUCAUCUGCACAGCAGCAGCCGUGGGCUGCCGCCGUACCAAACCAACAGAGAGAUCAUGACAGAGGCUAUAACGAUAACCAUGGAGGGCGUUCGCCCCCCAGACAUCGUGGUCGAUCUAGAUCCAACUCACCAGACCGUUGGGAUCGCGGGGGUAGAGAUGGACGCGGCAAUGGUCGCAACUCUCCUCCCAGGGAUAGUAAUGGACGCCGAGGCGGAAACGACUACCGUCAACGCAGCCCUCCCGGAAGACGCGGCCGCUCUGCCACACCAGAUCUCCCUCAUGUGGAACGAUGGGUGGAAUAUGACCGCAGCUUGCCGUCCGGCAGCAUUAAAGUCCUCAGUCGAACUCUGUUCGUCGGUGGCGUUACUUGCUCCGAAGCUGAACUACGCAAUAUUUUUGGCCGCUUCGGCACAGUCCAGACAUGCAUCGUUAACAAGGACAAGCGCCAUGCCUUUGUUAAGAUGCUGACUCGACGCGACGCCGAGAAUGCCAGAAGCAACAUGGAACACCCCCGUGACUUGGAUAUCCCUCUAAGAACUAGAUGGGGUGUCGGCUUCGGGCCCAGAGAUUGUAGUGAUUAUGCUACCGGUAUCAGCAUUAUUCCUAUUACGAAACUAACAGAGGCCGAUCGCAAGUGGAUGUUGACAGCCCCGUACGGUGGCAGCGGUGGUCGUCCUAUUGAAUCGGGCCUCUGCGUUGAAGAGCCCGAUAUUGAAAUCGGUGCCGGUGUUUCCUCCAAGGCCAUCAGUCGCCGCAUGCAAACCGAUAAGGGCGGUAGUCACGGCCCUAAAUCCACUAAGCGCCGCGAUGGAGAAUGGAACGACGACCAAGAUGGUGGAAACCGACGAGGCGGCCGUGGCGGCCGAGGUGGUCAAUACCGAGGCGAUGCACACGAUAGCGGCAACGGUGACGGUCAGGGAAUGCCAGGGUUUCCUUUUGGCGUCGGCACAUUGCCCAAUGGGAUGCCCAGCUUUCCUCCAGGGUUCUCAUUCCCCGAUCCUGGACGUCAUAACUAGGCUCUCCUUUGUAAGGCUUUUGCAUUUCUCAUUUGUGGUAUCAUAUUCAUGGAAUGGAGCGGGAAAAAAACGGGAGGAUAUAGAGGUUUUGGUUUGGUGUGGGCUUUUUUAUAUGAUUUUGUCUUCUUUUGUCUGUAGUAAGCAUAAUACAUUUCAUCUUAUUC